UAUUUCCCAGUACCCGAAGUAUGUGACAUUCUUGCCCAUGUCUUCAGUGCAGGUAGAUAUAUCGAAAAAAUAUUUGAAUGCAUGGAAGAUGCUCAUGCCUUGUCAGAGGAUGGAGGGUCAGCAGAGCUUUUGCAGGAAGCAACAUUGUCUUCGAUGCAUGCUAUUUCCAGUCUGAUGUAUUUUUUGCUAUUCGGUCAUCACGAUGUUUGUAGGAAGUAUAUCUGGUCUGGCUGCUAA